AUGAAGCAUUGUAAUUAUCAUCAGGAGGCGGUUGAUUUAAGAUCACAACUUUAUCCUGUUGAUGGCAAGACCGAAAAUCGUGUAGCCAACAUCAAAGACCUACACAACCCUUCGCGUAUCCGCUUCUGUUGUGGUGUUGAGAGCGUAGCCAUCUUCGAAAAGCUGGUCAUUAUCUGUGGUCUUGCAAACGCGCGUGGAGGCCUGCAUACAUCGGAUGUUGAGAAGACGCAUGUCCGUUCUGUAGUUGAUGUGGAUCCCGGAACGCUCACCACGGUAUAUAGCUAUCAGCAUGGCAGAAAAUGA